AUGUGUUUUCCUCUUUUCCCUCUAAUAUCUGUACCUUUCCCUCUCUUUCCUCUAUGUAAUAUCUGUAUCUUUCCCUCUCUUCCCUCUAAUAAUAUCUGUAUCUUUCCUCUCUUUCCUCUAAUAAUAUCUUUACCUUUCUCUCUUUUCCUCCUAAUAAUAUCUAUAAUAUCUGUACCUUUCCUCUCUUUUCCUCUAAUAAUAUCUGUAUCUUUCCUCUCUUCCCUCUUUCUGUACCUUUCCCUCUCUUCCCUCUAUGUAAUAUCUGUAGUAAGUCUCUUCCCUCGAAUAAUAUUUAUCUUUCCCUCUCUUCCCUCGAAUAAUAUCUGUAUCUUUCCCUCUCUUCCCUCUAAUAAUAUCUGUAAACCCUCUCUUCCCUCUAAUAUCUUUCCCUCUCUUUCCUCUAAUAAUUCCCCUCUCUUUCCUCAAAUAAUAUCUGUACCCCUCUUUCCCUCUCUCUUCCCUCCCUCCCCUAAUAAUAUCUCUGUACCUUUCCCUCUCUUUCCUCUAAUAAUAUCUAUAAUAUCUGUAUCUUUCCCUCUUCCCUCUCAUUUUCCCUCUCUUCUCUAUAAUAUCUGUACCUUUCCCUCUCUUUCCUCCGAAAAUAUCUGUACCUUUCCCUCUUUUCCCUCUACUAAUAUCUGUACCUUUCCCUCUCUUCCCUCUGUAUCUUUCCUCUUUCCUCGAAUAAUAUCUGUACCUUUCCUCUCUUUCCCUCGAAUAAUAUCUAAUAAUAUCUGUAUCUUUCCUUCCCCUCUCUUGUACCUUUCCUCUCUUUUCUCUGAAUAUCUGUAUCUUUCCCUCUCUUCCCUUUUUAUCUAUAAUAUCUGUACCUUUCCCUCUCUUUCCUCUAAUAAUAUCUGUACCUUUCCCUCUCUUCCCUCUCCAAAUAUCUGUACCUUUCCCUCUCUUCCCUCGAAUAAUAUCUGUACCUUUCCCUCUCUUUCCUCUAAUAAUAUCUGUAUCUUUCCCUCUCUUUCCUCUAAUAAUAUCUGUAUCUUUCCCUCUCUUCCCUCGAAUAAUAUCUGUAUCUUUCCCUCUCUUUCCUCUAAUAAUAUCUGUAUCUUUCCCUCUCUUCCCUCGAAUAAUAUCUGUACCUUUCCCUCUCUUUCCUCGAAUAAUAUCUGUACCUUUCCCUCUCUUCCCUCGAAUAAUAUCUGUACCUUUCCCUCUCUUCCCUCUAAUCUUUUUAUCUUUCCCUCUCUUUCCUCGAAUAAUUUCCCCCUCUAA